CUGUCAUCAGAUCAGUCAUCAAAUCAGCUGUGGAUCCCACACUGGGAACAUGUAACACAACAAAUGUGCGUAUUUAAAUUAUCGGUGUGAAAAUGUCCACUGAGACAAUUGAUAAAAAAACAACUAAAUGUUUAUGAUAAAUUCACGUUGGAAGAGACAUGGCGCGUCGGAGGAGCAGCGGUAUCACAAGCCUGGGGUUUAACCAGGACCAAGGCUGCUUCACUUGCUGCCUAACAUCCGGCCUGCGCGUUUACAAUGUGGACCCACUUGUUGAGAAGGCGCAUUACAGCAAAGAGGAGCUCGGCGAGGUUUCACUCUGCGAGAUGGUGUUUCGCACCAAUUGGCUGCUGGUGGUGCGCGCGCGCCGGCCCUGCUGUCUACUGCUGCUCGAUGACCAGCGCCGCGCGUUCAGCGCAGAGGUCACCUUCAAGUCCCCCAUACGAGCACUACGCGCGAGGAAGGACAAGGUGGCUGUGGUAUUAUCGUGUAGCGUACAAGUGCUGUCGCUGCCGAGCUUGCAGCGGGUCGCAUUUUUAUAACGAAAAACCACUUAUUAAGAUAGUUACCGGUCUACAAGUCCUUGUUUGUGCAUACUCUGGGAAUGUACCGGAUAUUUCAGCGCCCGCUUGUAUUUAUAGGACGUGUCAGUCGCGGUCCGGGGUUCACAAUCGCGGUCACCUUCCGUGGUGAGUUGCCACCAGUCGGAGGUGGCAUGUGUGAGUGUGGCGGCGAGCGGGGCGCGGCUUGCCACCGCCUCGCGGCGUGGCACCAUCAUCAGGCUUUGGGAUACCACCACCAAAUUGAUGCUGCAUGAACUACGGCGCGGCGCUGACUACGCUGAUGUAUACUGUAUAAGUAUGAACGGGGACGCGUCGCUAGUGUGCUGCGUGUCGGACAAGGGCACGCUGCACGUGUGGGCGACGCGCGGCCCCGCGCGCCAUCUCUGCUGCGCCGCCGCGCCCGCGCGCGCCGCGCUCUGCGCACUCUGCGACGACCGCACCGCCGUCGUGAUAUGUGAAGAUGGAACUUUCCACAAGUUCACAUUUUCAGCCGAAGGUAACUGCCAUCGAAACGAUUUUGAAUAUUUUUUGCAGGUGGGCGAUGAUGAUGAAUUCCUGCAUUGAUUUUAACGUAAAUAACUUAAAAUUUGUACUAAGAAAUGUUAUCGCGUAAGAAAUGAUUCGACAAAUUUGUAAUUCAACAAAAAGCCUCGUUUGAUGAAUCUUUUUUAUCGUGCUGAAUGUAUAAUCUGUGGUAUUUUGCUACUGCGCAAUGUUGCCAUAGAUAAAUGCAGGGUCAAAGAUUAUUUUAAUAAUAAAAUUUUGAAAUGUGAAAAUUGGAAAAUGUAUCUGUAUAAAUAAUCUAAAAAAAGUGGUCGCCUAUUUUAACAAUAUAACCUCAAUGCACAAACAUAUUAUAAUAAUUUAAGAUUUUAAAAUUAUACUGUAAAUAUAAUAAAAUUGAAGCAAUCUGCCAAUAAUUACUUAAGAAUAUAUUCAAAUGUUGCCAUAUCCACUGACAUCGAUAAUAAUAUCGAUUCCCAUUCAGAUCGAUUUUUUAUUAAACCUAAAUAUUGGGCAAUUAUUUCCCACUUGACACUUAUUUUCUUUUUUAUCGCUUUAAGGUUAUUUUUUUUCAUAUUUGAGUAGUAGCAAAAUCCACAAAAAAUAAUUUUUGCACAUAAAUGGCUUUAUAACACUUUAAAAUCUUAGUUAAUAUUAAGGAGGAAAUACAUAUGCCAGUAAAAUAAUAGUCCAUGCCAGCUACUGGCAUGCUUGAACCAGAAGCUGGCAAGUGUACUACUAGCCCGUGUAUUCCCGGCCUUAAAUUACCAUAUAUCUAAUAUAAGUUAAUUUUAGAUUUCCUUACAUUUUAUAUUCCAAGUUUAUCGAAGUUUUUAAGAUUCCGUAAUUCGGUUGUCAAUGUUUCGGUUAUUUUUAUUUCAUAAAAUAGUUAUUAUUGAUUAAAUUUAGUUAGAUUUAAAUUGAAAGCUGUUUUUGUAACUUUAUUUACUUGAUUAUAACCAAUUAUAUAAAUUGUACAAUUUUUUUAAUAAUAUAACAAGCAAUAUUAAUUACAGUAUGACAUUUGACUAAUUUGAAAUCGACAUGUUUUAGAAUUAAACUGACAAAUUCCAAUUUUAAAUUAACAACGGUCAAUUUCAGUCAAACAUAUUGUUGUUUCACAUUGAGAUCUUAAGGUAGGGGACUACCACGAAAAUCUGUGGGAAAAUAACCGUAACGUCAUCGAUAAAAUUUGGAUCGAAAUACGCUGACAAAUCUCAUACAUUUUUCUCGCAAAUUUUUGUAUUAGGACUCCUAGGUUCAUUUUAAACAGCUAUAAUUUACAUCUAUUAAGAAUAUUGAAAAUUGUCGUUCAAAUUAGGGCAUUAUGUAAAAUUGAAUAUUCUGGAUAAUACCUAAAAAUAACGGUACUAAAAUUGUAUUGCCAUAAAUCAAAUCAAACAAAACGAAGCUAAAUUUAGAAGCUACCUUUUAUAUGAGCUUAUAAACGCUAGUGUUUGCUGUUUAGAUUAACGAAAAAAAAUGGGAACUGGUAACACGAAAAUUUUCGAUUAUGUAUUUGAAAUUGUUUGAAAAUACAUAAAGUAGUUACGAAUACUAUCUCGAAAAUUUUCGUGCUAGUCGGUGAAUUAAAAUGAUGUGUAGGCUUAAAAGACUUGUAGUCAAAAUCUUUUGUUCAAAAUAUUGAAGAAAUAAGGUACAUUAGAUAAUUACAUUUAAUUAUAAAUAUAUGACGGGUUAAUGCAACGGAUGUAUGGAGUUUAAAUUAUUACGCGCAAUGUACAUAUGUAAUGCGUUUCAUAUAGAUUUUUAUAUAUUUAUCAUUAAUGCAAUAUUGUGCAAUUUUAAUUAUUCAUUGGGUGAGUUUAAUAUAUUUUUUUUAUAAUUAUAAACAAAUUUAAAGUACCAUUAUGCAUUUGCUCAUAUUUAGUAUAUAAUUGGUAAAAGGUAAAUUUAAAAUGUCUGAUUACUCUCAGUACAGGUCAAACUUUCGUGUCUUAUAUUUUAAGAUAUAUAUUUUUUGUUAAAGUUUUAGUGAGAUGUUUGAAAUGAGAGAAUUAAAAUAGGAUUUCUGUAUGAAAGUAUUGUAUUAUCUACAUUAUGAAGAUAAAUAAUAUAAUGUUUGUUUAUUAUGUAAAUAUGAAUUGCAUCUAGUUUUUAUAUUGACAUAGAUUUAGCUAUAUGUCUGCUUGCGUUUGAAUAUACAUUUUCGGCUACAAAGCACACAUUAAAUGUAAAUACGAAAUUUAAGAUUAUUUUUUAUAUAAAUUGUGACAAGACUCCACUGUUUUGUAUAGGCAUUAGGGUGUGGAGAUAUACCGAUAUAUUUUAUUUGCAAUUUUCACAAUAAAAAUCUUUUAUAUUUAAA